GCCGCCUCAAAUGCUAAAACAGACACCUCGUUUGAUAAUUGCAAUAACAACCCCUUGUGUGAUGACGAAAGCUUUUUAGGAAACACCUUUAUUUGAAAAUAAAAGCAGCCCUUUAGCCGGUUUUGGCUAACCAGGAAGUCCUGAUGUGUCAUAUGAUGUAGAAAAAUGGCUGCGGUGCAGUGGCGUUCCCGUGGGCGCAACUAUGACGCCGAGCUGCAGCGGCACCGUCCAGAGGCGGCCCUGGUGGAGUUUGGAGACUACCACCCCCUGAAGCCCAUCAUGGUGACGGACACGAAGACCCGCCGGGGAACCCGUAAAGGCAGCACCUCCUCCUCUUCGUCAUCCUCCUCCUCGGUGCCCCCGGACCCGCUCAGCUCCAUGCUGGACGGCACCGACCCCCUGUCGAUGUUUGCCGCGGCCUCGGCCAUCGAGACUCCGGCCGUGUCACAUAGCAGCUCCACGGGGGACCUCGGGAGGAAGAGGAGAGAGAAGGAGGAAGAGGCGGUGGGACCAGACUUUGAACCCUGGUCAUCGAAGCGAGGGGAAAUCCUGGCCAGGUUCACCACCACCGAAAAACUCUCCAUUAAUCUCUUCAUGGGCUCUGACAGAGGAAAAGCUCCGAGUCCAGGGUCGUCUGCCGUUUCAGAGAAAGUUCGCACUCGCCUGGAGGAGCUGGAUGAUCUGGAGGAGGGUUCCCAGAGAGAGCUGCUGAACCUGUCCCAGCAGGACUAUGCCAACCGCAUUGAGGAGCUGAAUCAGUCCCUGAAGGAGGCCUGGGCCUCUGAUCAGAAGGUCAAAGCCCUGAAGAUCGUCAUCCAGUGCUCUAAGCUUCUGUCCGACACCUCGGUGAUCCAGUUCUACCCCAGCAAGUUUGUCCUCAUCACCGAUAUCCUCGACACCUUUGGCCGGCUGGUGUACGACAGAAUCUGGACCAUGUGCUCUGAUCCGCGUCCCUUACCAGGUAUGGAUGCAACAUCUGCAUCCAACUCGCCCUGUGAAUACAACAGCUUCACAGUCGAAGAUGUGAACGACACUGCUAAGGAGACAUGCCUCAACUGGUUCUUCAAGAUCGCUUCCAUCCGAGAGCUGCUUCCCAGACUAUAUGUUGAAGCUGCCAUCCUCAAGUGCAACUGCUUCCUCAACAAAUCUGGCAUUCAGGAAACUCUCCCGCGUUUGACGGCUAUGAUCAGAGGGAUUGGAGAUCCUUUAGUGGCUGCCUAUGCCAGAGCUUAUCUUUGCAGGGUGGGCAUGGAGGUGGCACCCCACCUGAAAGACACCCUGAACCGCAACUUCUUCGACCUGCUCCGCACCUUCCGGCAGAUCAGUGGCGAGAGCGUUCAGAACCAGCUGGUCGUGCAGAGGGUGGAGGUGCCCGAGUACCUGACCCUCUACUCUCCCGCCAUCAACUGGAUCCUGCAGUGUAUCGCCUACAGAGCUCCAGAGCCUCUACUCACUGAGAUGAUGGAAAGAUGCAAGACGAUGGGAAACAAUGCCUUGCUACUGAAUUCAGUUAUGAGAGCUUUCAGGCCGGAGUUUGUUGCAGCCAGAGCUAGUGACUUCAUCGGUAUGAUCAAAGACUGCGACGAGUCCGGCUUCCCAAAGCAUCUGUUGUUUGGAUCUCUGGGUCGCAGUCUGGCUAGCGCAGAUCCCCCUGAGUCCGAGAGGCUGACCAUCCUGAAUGAAGCCUGGAAGGUCAUCACCAAAGUCCGCAGCCCUCAGGAUUAUGUCAACUGCGCCGAAAUCUGGGUGGAGUUCACGUGCAGACACUUCACAAAACGUGAGGUGAACACGGUUCUGGCCGACAUCAUCAAGCACAUGACUCCAGACCGAGCGUUUGAGGACGCCUACCCUCAGCUCCAGUCAGUCAUCAGGAAGAUCCUCGCCUACUUCCACGACUUCUCCGUCGUCUUCUCCAUGGAGCGUUUCCUGCCGUUCCUAGACAUGUUUCAGAAGGACAGCGUGAGGGUGGAGGUCUGCAAAUCCAUCAUGGAGGUCUUCAUCAAACACCAGGUGGAGGUCACCAGAGACCCGGUCAUCCUCAACGCCAUGCUGCACAUCUGCAAGACCAUGCACGACUCCGUCAACGCUCUCACUCUUGAGGAUGAGAAAAGAUCUUUGUCUCUGCUGAUCAUCGGCUUCGUCCGCAUGGUCUCCUUUGGUCGUGACUUUGAGCAGCAGCUGAGUUUCUGCGUGGAGGCCAGAUCCACAUUCUGUAACCUGGAGCCGGUGCUGGUGCAGCUCAUCCACACGGUGAAUCAGCUGGCCAUGGAGACCAGGAGGGUGAUGAGAGGGAAUCACUCCAGAAAAACCGCUGCUUUUGUCAGGGCGUGCGCUGCCUACACUUUCAUCACCAUACCGUCUCUCAGCAGCAUCUUCAGUCGUCUCACCCUCUACCUGCUGUCUGGCCAGGUUGCGUUGGCCAACCAGUGUCUCUCCCAGGCCGACGCUUUCUUCAAGGCCGCCGUCAGCAUUCUCCCGGAGGUUCCUCGCUGCAUCAGCGUGGAGGGGAAACUCCGCUCUUCUGAGAGCUUCCUCCUGGAUUUCAUCAACAACUUCUUGGCAACGUUGCUGGUUGUUCCGGACCACCCAGAGCAUGGGGUGCUCUACUUAGUCCGUGGCCUGCUCAACAUGGUCCAGGAUUACACCUGGGAGGACAACAGCGACGCAAAGGUGCGGGUUUACAUCAGCUCGCUGCCCCUGCUGGCCGCCAUGAGCCAGGAGACCUAUUUCUACUCCAUCCCAAAAGUGGACUCCAACGAGACACUGUACGGAGGAGACCCCAAGUUUCUAUCCGAGAUCAACAAGCUGUGCGAGACUCUGAUUGGACAGAUCUUGGACCAUCUGAAGGUGCUCGGUCGGGAGGAGCAGCAGCAGCAGCAGAGCGUGCGUCGCCAAGGUGCUCUAGCCUUCUCCAUGUUCGGCGUCCUGUUGGCUCACGGGGACCUGAGGAACAAUAAGUUGAACCAGCUGGCCGUCAACCUGUGGAACCUCAGCCACAAACAUGGAUACUGUGAGACUCGUGUCUCUGUUCGGACUCUGGAGUUCAUCAAACAUCAGGCUCAGCAGCCUGAAAUGUCGUACCUGACGGAAACAGUCCAAAGGCUGUCACUACAAUCACGCACCUGAACACCCGCCUCACCCUUCGUUUCCCUCACCCUUUGUUUCCCUCACCCUGUAAAAUGGUCACAUUAAAUGUGUAAAUAAAUAAAUAAAUAAACAGAACUAAUCAGAAGAAAUGCCUUAAUGUCUCUGUGUAAGUAAACUCUACGGGCCUGAAAAAUGUAAAAGAAAAACCGCAGUACCUCAAAUGGCCACCGGAAGCUGGCUCAUAAAGGGAGUCAAUACCAGUACACCUCCGUGUUAAAAUGCCCUGAUUUAAAACAUAAUUUAACAUAUUUACAGCCUCGUACAAAUAAUGUUUUUAGCCUCUCUAGCUAAUUUCCUCACUCAUGCCACAGCAACCCAAAACAAGUCCACGCACGUUGGUAUCAGUAGCAGAGCAUCUGUUCUCAUUAAGAUAAGCUCAAGCCUCACGGCCACAUCAGUGUUGCACGGUGGGGUUUCUGCUCAUACGCUGAUCAGGCAUAACAAAACAGCUGUGACUCGUCAGACGAUGGACACGGGCCUUCCGAGGGUGACCUGUGGCGUCUGGAAACAGGAUGUUGUUAGUGGGGGUGCUUUGGGUUGAGGCCAGGGCCCUCUGUGGAACGUCCUACAGAUAUUUGAUCGCAGGGGUGGGCGAUAUGACGAUAUUAAAUCGUGAACGAUAACAACGUGCAGACGAUCUGUCAAACUGCAGAGAUCGGGGGAUCGUCGAGGGUACAUUCUAUAAAUUGCAGUUCUAUGUGGAUGCACCGUCGCACCACAACGUAUUACGUCGUCAACCUGACCGACCAAUCAUAGCAAAUUACGGGCAGUGACGCGUGGUCUUACCAAAAGAUAUGGUACCGAUCAAGACGACAACGAGCGAUUCAAACGCCUGCUUAAAGUAGUUGACCCGCGGUACCAGCUGCCCAGCCGAAAAUACUUCUCCAACACUGCCAUGCCACGUCUCUACUCUGAAUGCCGAGAACAUAUUGUCUGUUUUUCAUUUUUCAAUUUAAUAUCGUGAUAAAAUCGAAAUCGUGAUUUUAUUUAAAAAAAAAUCGUGAUAUGAUAUUUUUGUUUUAUCGCCCAUCCCUAUUUGAUCCGUUUAGGAUCUAGUGAGUGUGGAGGCCAUGUCAACAACGUGUGCUGCUCUUUGUGUUUUCUGAGUUGUUCCUAAACUGUUUUUGUGAGUGUGUGUGUGUGUGUGUGAGACUGCAUCCUGCUGGGGAUGCCCAUCAAGGAGUGUCAUUGCUAUGGGGUAACAUCCCCAUUAAUGUCAGGUCCAUCUUGUCACAAAAUGUUAUUUACUUAUCGUCGUCAGUGGUCAUAAUGUUAUGCCUGGUCAGUGUACAGAAUGCAUAGCACAUUUAAAAUGUCUCCAGUAUUUAUUAUCACUGAACCAGUGUUUCAAACACAAUGAAUUGUGUAGCAAAAAACAAACCGCAGAGGAAGCCGUUUGACAUUCUCAAACUCUUCUUAAUUGUAGUUUAUUUAGUUGAACUGUUGAAAAGCCAAACACUCGCUUUAGUUCUCAAAGGACAAAAUCAUCAAAAACAAAAGCAAACAGCUGUGAUGACGUUCACCGACACACAUGAUCUUAGGCUUUUGGUCACACACCUAGGACAAUUCGGACAAAACGGACUUCAACAAAAAAAAAAAAAAAAAAAAAAAAGA